UCUUGGGUGCAAUAGACUCACCCACAAAUUCAGAGACCAAAGGACGAACAAAGACCAAGCGUCUCCGGAAAGACUAAAUAGCCCAAUAUUAACGAUGAAUAUUCGCUGUGCAAAGCCUGAAGAUCUCAUGAAUAUGCAGCACUGCAAUUUGCUGUGUCUGCCGGAGAACUAUCAGAUGAAAUACUACUUCUAUCACGGACUCACAUGGCCCCAGCUCAGUUAUGUGGCCGAGGAUGACAAAGGGAAUAUUGUUGGGUAUGUGCUGGCAAAGAUGGAAGAACCAGAUCCGGGCGAGGAAAGUAAACACGGACAUAUCACAUCUCUCGCCGUAAAGAGGUCCUACCGUCGUCUUGGUCUAGCACAGAAACUUAUGAAUCAAGCAUCGAAGGCCAUGGUGGAGUGUUUUGAUGCUCAGUACGUGUCCCUCCAUGUGCGCAAGAGUAAUAGGGCUGCGCUCAAUCUCUACACAAAUUCCCUGGGCUUUAAGAUACUCGAAAUUGAGCCCAAAUACUAUGCCGAUGGUGAAGAUGCCUACUCAAUGCGACGCGAUCUGUCUGAGUUCUGCAAGCAGAACAGUCAGGAUAAAGGUGUUGUUGAGCGCAAUUCAAAGGCUGAUGUUAGUGGGAAUCAUUCAUCUUCCGAUCAUCAUCAUCACGACGGACACUGCUGCUGAUUCGAUGCACAGACAAUUAAUUUUUGCGGCAAUUAAUAUAUGAUAAUAAAAAAUUUAAAAAAAUAAUACCCUCAAUAAAAAUCAAUGAGAUGUAACUCCUUUGCCACCAAA